CAUUGACACUGCUCCAUCAGCGUCGUGUCUCUUUACAAUCACGACGCUCGAAUAUGAGUAGAUUUGCAAACAAGGAAGGCGCAAGAGUAGCCGCUGGAGGCGACGAGGAGGAUAUGUCGCCAUUCCAGAAAGUCCAGCAAUGGUUUGAGGCAAUACGCGACAGCGACUACGAUGGCCACGACGCUAUCCUUGCGCGAGAACUCAAGGUCGAAUCGGUUACCUAUGCGCCGACAAGCAGCAACCCUCACGAGUCGCGCAACGUCAUGAGCUUCACUGUACCUAAGCAGCUGUGCAACGCUGGUGGUAUGCUUCAUGGCGGAGCCGUUGCUUUGAUCUUUGACAUUACAACUUCCAUGGCCAUUACGCCUUGCAUCCGCGAAGGGUUCUGGGAUCGCGGACAUGUCUCACGUAGCUGUAAGUGCAAUCUUGAAGCAUCCAAGAGGUUGGAACAUGGAAUGUGCCUGGGACGUUGCUAACCACUUGCCUUGACUGGGUACAGUGAACACGACCUACCUUAGGCCUGCCGCUGAGGGCACAAAGGUCUAUGUCGAGAGCUGGGUCGUCCACCUUGGGAAACGAUUAGGCCAGACGAGGGGUUUGAUGAGGCUGGGGUCUGAAGACGGCAAAGUUGGCUAUACGUGUGAACAUGGGAAAGUGAGCCUGGGUAGUAAUCUGUAAUGUUGGUGGGACAACUCAAGCGCCAAAUAGGGAAUGCAAAUGUUGGAGGCUGAUACAAAGAAGGACGGCGGAAUGAAGCGACAUGUUGUGAAGGGAUGGAGGUUGCGACUAGUGGACCCUGUAUGUCAUAGCCGUGUAGCCAACCCAGCGCCAAUGCAUA